CGGGCGCGGGGGCGGGGCCGCGCCUGCGCGGUCCGCCUGUCAUGGCUGCCUCCUGAGUCCCGCGGUGGUGGGGUCGGCUGGGACUCCUGGCUGGGCCCCGCAGCGGGUGCGCCUGUCCCAGGAUUAACGUGGAGCCUGGGCCAUGGUGCAGUUGGCUCCCGCCCCAGCCAUGGACGAGGUCACCUUUAGAAGCGACACUGUGCUGUCAGACGUCCACCUCUAUACCCCGAACCACAGACACCUCAUGGUGCGGCUGAACGGCGUGGGGCAACCCGUUUUCCUGUCGCGGUUCAAGCUUCUGUGGAGCCGAGACUCUUGGACAGACUCGGGGGCUGAGGAUGGUGAUCACCAAGAUGCUCACGCAGAGGAGCCCCCUCCUGCCGGGACAGGCAGCACAGGGUCCCCCCCAGGAGGUGGCCACAGGCAUGAGGGUUUCUCCCUCCAGGCCGGGGCUGAGAGCACCGGCCAGGAAGGGGCGGGAGCUCAGCUGGACGAGGACGGAGAUUUGGACGUAAUGAGAAGACCUCGGGCCACCUCUGAUCUCCACCCUGCGGGGCCUCCGAGAGACAAGGUACAUCCCAUGAUUCUAGCACAGGAAGAAGACGACGACAUGGGAGACGAGGCACACGAGGACAGCCCCCACAGCAUCAUCAACAUAGAGCACACCAUGGCCACCCCCCUGGAGGAUGUUGGCAAGCAGGUGUGGCGAGGCGCCCUGCUCCUGGCAGACUAUAUCCUGUUCCGACGGGACCUCUUCCAAGGGUGUACCGUGCUGGAGCUUGGGGCGGGCACGGGGCUUGUUAGCAUCAUUGCAGCCACCAUGGCACGGACCGUUUAUUGUACAGAUGUCGGUGCAGAUCUCCUGGCCAUGUGCCAGCGGAACAUUGCCCUCAACAGCCACCUGGCUGCCACUGCAGGAGGUAUAGUUAAGGUCAAAGAACUGGACUGGCUGAAGGACGAGCUUUGCACAGAUCCCGAGGUCCCCUUCAGCUGGUCGGAAGAGGAAAUCUCUGACUUGUACGAUCACACCACCAUACUGUUUGCAGCCGAAGUGUUUUACGACGACGACUUGACCGAUGCUGUGUUCAAAACUCUCUCCCGACUCGCCCGCAGAUUAAAGAAUGCCUGCACGGCCAUUCUGUCGGUGGAGAAGAGACUCAACUUCACACUGAGACACUUGGAUGUCACGUGCGAAGCCUACGAUCACUUCCGCUCCUGCCUGCAUGCGCUGGAGAAGCUCGCGGACAGCAGGCUGCACUUCGUGGUGGAGCCCGUGGAGACUUCCUUCCCGCAGCACCUCGUCUACGAGCGCAUCCGGCAGCUGGAGCUCUGGAAGAUCAUAGCAGAACCAGUAAAGUGACCUGUGGCCUCGACGAGGCACGGCAUCUCAACUGUUCUUGUAAUAUAUUUCUAAUAAAAUCAAAUGCUCACCAAAG